AUGGGCGAAAGAGGCAAAGACAUAAAAAUCAUCGCCAAAAUAGAAAACCAGGAAGGUAUGGAUAAUGCUGAUGAGAUUAUUGAGGAAUCAGACGGCAUUAUGGUAGCGAGAGGUGAUCUUGGAAUUGAAAUCCCUGUCGAGAAGGUGUUCCUUGCUCAGAAGAUGCUGAUAGCAAAGUGUAACAAAGCCGGUAAACCAGUCAUUUGUGCUACUCAAAUGCUCGAAUCCAUGGUGAAGAAACCACGCCCAACUCGCGCCGAAGGCAGUGAUGUUGCCAAUGCGGUUUUGGAUGGUGCGGAUUGUGUUAUGCUGUCUGGUGAGACUGCAAAAGGAGAUUAUCCGGUCGAGGCUCUGAAGAUCAUGCACUUCAUCUGCAAG